GCUUCCUGCUCACGCGACGCAAAUCAAUAGUAGAAAAGUUUAAAGUUUAUUGUUCGCCGACAUCUGGAACGCCGAUGCCGCUGACGUCACAGAGCUCAAGAUGAUACAUUGUAUCCGCUGCGCUCUGAUCGCGCUUCUGUUUAUGACACUGCUGCAUUCGGUCUGCGGCGACUUCCAGACUCUCGCGCAUCUCCGAGCCAAAGCGAGCGAUAAAAGUCAGUCGCGAGCCGUGCUGGAUCUGCUCCGGAGGCUGCUGGGGAACCGGGCGCGGGAUUUCAUCGUGUCGGUCAACAGGACUCUGUCUGCGGACGGGCUGGACGUGUGCGAGCUGCGCUCGGCGAAGAACAACAAGGUCGUGGCGGUGGGCAGCACGGGGGUCGCGGUGGCCACCGGGAUAUACAACUAUCUGAAGUACUUCUGCAAUUGCCAUGUGUCCUGGGGUGGAGAUCAGCUCAAUCUGCCCAGACCUCUGCCUGCUCUCACCGGCGUCCUGCGCAUCAGCACACCGCACAGGUUCAGGUACUAUCAGAAUGUGUGUACCGCCAGUUAUUCCUCUGUGUGGUGGGAUUGGCCAAGAUGGCAAAGGGAGAUUGAUUGGAUGGCGCUGAAUGGCAUCAAUCUGCCUCUGGCAUUCACUGGACAGGAGGUGCUUUGGCAGGAGGUUUACCUGUCUCUUGGCCUCAACCAGACUGAGUUGGAUCGCUUCUUCUCAGGUCCAGCUUUUCUGGCAUGGAAUAGAAUGGGAAACCUGUUUCAGUGGGGAGGACCACUUCCUCAGUCUUGGCAUGUCAAACAGCUCUACCUUCAGUUUAAAAUCUUGGACCGCAUGAGAUCUUUUGGGAUGAUACCUGUAUUGCCUGCAUUCUCAGGAAUCGUACCUGAAGGUAUUACCAGGUUGUUUCCCCAAGCGAACGUGACCAAGUUGAGCCCCUGGAGCCAUUUUAACUGUACCUACUCCUGCGCCUAUGUGCUGGACCCGCGUGACCCGCUCUUCCAGCGAAUAGGAGCGCUCUUUCUGACCCAGGUCAUCGAGGAGUUUGGAACAGACCAUAUUUAUAACACAGACACGUUUAAUGAGAUGCCCCCAGCCUCCUCAGACCCCACAUACCUGGCCUCUAUUAGCCGUGCCAUCUUUAAUACCAUGACUUCAGUGGAUCCUCAAGCAAUUUGGCUGAUGCAGGGCUGGCUAUUUAUCAGUGACCCUUCGUUCUGGAAAGCGGAUCAGGUCAAGGCUUUGUUACACGGUGUCCCCCUGGGGCGCAUGAUUGUCCUGGAUCUAUUUGCUGAAUCUAUGCCUGUCUACUCUUCCACAAACUCCUUCUACGGCCAGCCGUUUAUCUGGUGCAUGCUGCACAACUUUGGAGGGAAUAGUGGUCUGUUUGGAACGGUGGACAGCAUUAACUCUGGUCCCUUUAAUGCCGUCCGCUUCCCAAAUUCAACCCUAGUGGGUUUGGGUAUGACUCCUGAAGGCAUCGAACAGAAUCCAGUCAUUUAUGAACUUAUGAGUGAGUUGGCCUGGCGCAAAGAUCCAGUCAACCUUUAUAAGUGGGUGUCGCUUUAUGCCUUGCGGCGCUACGGUAGCAUGGAUGAGAAUCUGGCGUUGGCCUGGCAGCUCUUGUUUCAUAGCGUUUACAACUGCACUCUUCCCAAAUACAAGAACCACAACCGGAGUCCGCUGGUGCAUCGGCCAUCCCUGCACAUGCAAACGGACAUUUGGUAUGAUCCGGCGGACUUCUACAGGGCGUGGAAGCUUCUGUUUGAGGCCGCUCCUGGGUUAGUGACUCUGGAAACCUUCCGGUAUGAUCUUGUGGAUGUGACGCGACAAGCGCUUCAGCUUCUUACAACGGAAUUCUACAAGGAAAUCAGAAGCGCUUUCCAGACACAAAAGCUUCCUGACCUCCUAAUGGCUGGCGGGGUGCUGGUCUACGAUCUCUUACCUGAACUGGACCGCAUCCUUUCCAGCAACGAGCACUUCCUGUUGGGCGCGUGGCUUCAGCAGGCUCAGUCUCAGGGCGUGGAUGAGCAUGAGGCACACCUGUAUGACAUAAACGCACGGAAUCAGAUCACACUUUGGGGACCCGAUGGGGAAAUCCUGGACUACGCCAGUAAAGAGUGGGCUGGUCUAGUGGAGGACUAUUACUUGCAGCGCUGGGGGCUGUUUGUUAACACACUGGUGGAGUGUCUGGACAGAGGAAGACCCUUCAAACAGGACGUCUUCAACCAGGCCGUGUUCCAGGUUGAAAAAGGCUUCGUCUUCAAUCAGAGGAAAUAUCCGACUAAGCCACUAGGGGACACGUAUGACAUUGCAAGACGGAUCUUCCUCAAGUACUACCCAUAUGCGCUGAAAAAGAUGGAGAAAACUUUAUGAGAUUGAGCCACAGAAAUGUUUAUCAAUGGCUAAUCGAUGGCAUUGAUAAACACCAGCUUGCAUUUUAUUUAUCUUAUCAACUUCCUUUCUGAACGUCUGAAUUGUUUAUAUAUAUAUAUACUACCUGACAAAAGUCUUGUUGUCGAUCCCAGAUGUAAGAGCAACAAAUAAUAACUUGACUUCUAGUUGAUCAUUUGGAAAAGUGGCAGAAGGUGGAUUUUUCAGAUGAAUCAUCUGUUGAACUGCAUCCCAAUCAUCACAAAUACUGCAGAAGACCUACUGGAACCCACAUGGACCCAACAUUCUCAUAGAAAUCAGUCAAGUUUGGUUAUGGAAAAAUCAUGGUUUGGGGUUACAUUCAGUAUGGGGGCGUGCGAGAGAUCUGCAGAGUGGAUGGCAACAUCAACAGCCUGAGGUAUCAAUACAUUUGUGCUGCCCAUUACAUUACAAACCACAGGACAAACUCUUCAGCAGGAUAGCGCUGCUUCUCAUACUUCAGCCUCCACAUCAAAGUUCCUGAAAGCAGAGAAGGUCAAGGUGCUCCAGGAUUGGCCAACCCAGGCACCAGACAUGAACAUUAUUGAGCGUGUCUGGGGUAAGAUGAAGUAGGAGGCAUUGAAGAUGAAUCCAAAGACUCUUGAUGAACUCUGGGAGUCCUGCAGGAACGCUUUCUUUGCCAUUCCAGAUGACUUUAUUAAUCAGUGAUUUGAGUCAUUGCAGAGAUGUAUGGAUGCAGUCCUCCAAGCUCAUGAUGGAGUCAGACACAAUAUUCAUUCUGUUUCCACUGCAGCAUGACUUUAUAUUCUAUACUGGACAUUAUUUCUGUUCAGUGACAAGACUUUAGUCUAAGCAAAGUCAGACCUUACUGUCCUGAUUAAAUCAUUAAUAAUCAAGGCAUGAUUAUAUUUUAUUUUGGUCAAAUAAGCGUAAUCUAGAGGCCUUUGCCUUUCAUAUAAGCCACUUCUGAUACCAAAUGAUCAACUAGAGGUUAUUAUUUGUUGUUCCUAAAACUUGGAUAGGCGACAAGACUUUUGUCAGGUAGUGUAUCAGAUAUUGCUGCAUUAUUAUGAAUGUGUUUUUGAAUACCACAGUGCCACUGAGAAUGUCAGCAAAGCAGCUACCAAUUGAGUGUUGAAUUUUUAGGCCUGAUUGAAAUGAUUUGUGUGAUUCUAGUAUGCUUGAUUAAACACAAUGUUUUUAGUACA